CCCGGAACCGACCCGAAAAGUUAUAGAUACCUAUAUGGAUCUAAAUUGCUAAGACUCGAAGGACCCGGACCCGACAAUACCCGACCCGAACCCGACCCGAAGACCCGGAUGCCCAAGCCUAAUCUGGAUAUUAUUGUUUUCUGUGGUGUCAAGUGACUCCACAGUCCUCCAUGUGGGUCCGCCCCUGGCCAGUACUCAAUGGAAACAUUCAGAUGGACCAGGUUUGUAUACUUCCUCCAUAACCCCUAACCUGCUUAGCUUCAUUUCAAUAUUUGUUACAUGCAAAAGCUCUGUGUUGGAAGUGAAUCUCCUUCUCUUAAUUUGCAAGAUAUUAUGUUUCUUACUUGCAAAAACUGUAUGAUGAAAUGAAGCUGCUCUAGUCCUGUUUGGACUAAUCAUUAACCUCAUUUUAUUGUGGUAAUCCAUUCGGAAAGCAAGGGACUCAUUAACAUCAACGAGCCACCAAGAGAGGCUACUCCAGUGGAGUGUUUCUGCAUCAAUCCCGAACAAAGAACCAAGGAGUAGCGCCCGUUCCAAGUCCAUUCAGACAAGUCAUAAUAAAUCCUUCCAAAAAGAUACAGUAAGUUAAAAACGCAGACAUGUAGUUAUCGUGAAGACAGACGACAAGGCGAAUAUAAAGGCAAGUGGUGAGCAAAACAGCCAAGUAGUAACAAAUCAUCAUAGGUCGUGUCCGACUGCGACACCGGUUUAAUAAUUUUGAAAGUAAACCAACAUUAAUUAUUGGGAUAUAAUUGUUUAAAGGGGCCUGGAAUAAAAAAAGGUAAGCGAAUAAUUCAGAUUCUUUUUAAUCGAAUCUAAUAAACCCAAUUCGAUCCAACGGUCUCAUCCUCUCUCAUCGUUACUCUUUGAUUUUCUCGGGAAACCGAAGGAAAACAGAGGUGCAUAACGUACCUGACGGAGACCUUUUAAGAUAUUUUAAGCGUUUUGUGCGUGGUUUUGGCGGUUUCAUCUUCGCUCGAUCUAUGACGUACAGCGAUGGCGCCGAUGAGACGGUGCCUGAGCUGAAACUGAUCAUCGAGGAUCCCGAGAAUGGAGAUUAUGUGAAAUUAAGAGGAGGAUCUGAUGAAGAAGAGGAAGAAUCUCCGGCGGGAUGUUGGAUAGGGUCGGUGACGUCAGUGUGGUUCUGGGUUAAAUUGAUCUCCCUCGUCGCUUUUUUGGGUUUAUUGGCAUUUGUAAUUAUCAAAUGGAUUGCUCCAUUUUUAAUCGAAAAGGAAUUGAUUCCAUUUAUAAAAUGGGUGAGAAGCACAUUCAGCAUCCCGGUGCUCGGUCUUCUCCUCUUUGCCUCAGUUGCUUUGUUCCCAAGCAUUCUUCUUCCUUCUUCUCCUUCCAUGUGGAUGGCUGGUCUUACCUUUGGUUAUGGAAACGGCUUUCUGUUGAUUCUGUCAGCUGCAUCAAUCGGUGUUACCCUUCCUUUCUUAAUCGGACAUCUCUUCCUCCACAAGAUGCAAGAAUGGUUGAAGCAGUACCCGAAAAAAGCAGCCAUACUUCGAGCCGCAGGUGAAGGAACAUGGUUCCAUCAGUUUCAAGCAGUCACGUUGAUCCGCGUCUCUCCGUUUCCUUACAUGAUUUACAACUACUGCGCAUUGGCCACUGGAGUUCACUACGGUCCUUACAUCUUAGGCUCUCUUGUUGGAAUGGUUCCUGAGAUCUUUGUCUCAAUCUACACGGGAAUAAUGCUAAGAACACUAGCUGUUGCAUCAGACAAAAGACACGGUCUUUCGGCCAUGGAGAUAGUAGUGAAUGUUCUUGGCUUUUGUGUAACUGCGAGCGCGACUAUAGUCUGCACAAUCUAUGCCAAGAAGAAGCUUAGUGCGAUGCAAUCAGAGGAAGUAGAGACAUGAUAAAAAUCCAAUACGUUAUUAACUCCUUUCACCAGCCACAAACGCUUAACCAUACUUACCACAACAUAUCACCACCUAACACAAGCUUGGAACUGAUCAUAUAAUAUAAAGAGAAUGUUUUUGUUGUGUUUAUUUUCAUUUGAAAAUGAAUCUCCUCUUUUUUUUUCUUGUACUGUGAAUAUAUUUAUAUAUAUAUAUAUCAACUAAAUUUUG